UCGGUUCUGCGUAGAAUCAGGAGGUGGGGUCUGUCCCCUUGGCAUCAUCGCACGAAGAAUUGAACUUGAAUUGUUUACAUGUUUCCAUUUUUCCUCCGCAGCCAAUCCAACUCAAAUUGUUUUGAUUUUCGUUUACUUUUUAGCUAAAAUGAGUGAAGGCACCCAUUCGGCCCCUCGCAGUGAGGCGAACUUCAGCCCUAACCCUAACAACAAGCGCGGAAGCGAUUCCGAGGAUCUUUCCGAUGGCGGGGGCGUUGUCAAGAAGCCGAAAACCGACGCUUUUUUCGAGAUCGAAGCGGAUGCCGCGGAGGAUAAGGGGUCCAGGCACACCAUGGAAGAUGCGUGGGUUGUGCUCUUGGACGCCACCGCCGGUUCUCCUGGAAAAUUGAGGUGUGCUCAUUUUGCAAUCUAUGAUGGACAUGGCGGUCGGUUAGCUGCAGAGUACGCUCAAAAGCAUUUACAUGCAAAUGUCCUUUCGGCUGGCUUACCACGUGAGUUGUUAGAUGUAAAAGCAGCCAAACGAGCUAUUAUUGAUGGUUUUAGAAAAACUGAUGAAUCUCUUCUCCAAGAAAGCGCUGCAGCGGGAUGGCAGGAUGGUGCUACUGCAGUUUGUGUUUGGGUGCUAGGACAAGCGGUUUUUCUUGCUAAUGUUGGGGAUGCAAAAGCAGUGGUAGCACGAUCAUCUACUAUUGAUGGAUUGCAGAAUGAUUCAGAUGGAGUAAGUUCACUGAAGGCCAUUGUUUUGACUAGGGAACACAAAGCCAUCUAUCCACUGGAGCGUGCUCGCAUUCAAAAGGCUGGUGGUACAAUAAGUUCAAAUGGACGACUACAGGGGCGCUUGGAAGUUUCUCGGGCCUUUGGAGAUCGGCAGUUCAAAAAGGUGGGUGUUGUUGCAACUCCAGAUUUUCACUCUUUUGACCUUACAGACAGAGAGCACUUCAUCAUUCUUGGUUGUGAUGGCCUCUGGGGGGUAUUUGGACCAGGUGAUGCUGUUGAUUUUGUUCAUAAAUUAUUGAAGGAGGGGUUACCCGUCACUUCUGUGAGCCGCCGUCUUGUAAAGGAAGCUGUUCGUGAGAGGCACUGUAAAGACAAUUGCACUGCAAUUGUAAUUGUUUUCAGGCGCAAGUAAUUUCAUGGGCAUCAACUUUGUUCCAGAUGGAUAUUAAUUGCAUUGAGGUGUUGUUUCUUCUUCAAUUGUGUAAAGCUCCUGGGAUGUUGCUUGUGUAAUCGUCUGUUGCCGUUCAAUAUCUCGAUGGUUGGUCGGUUUUGCAUGCUAAGAUGGUAGAAAUAGACGUUGGAUGCCAUUUUAUGAACUGGACACCUGACUGUUCAAAAGGUUUGAAAUAGGUGGCGGUGUAAUAACAGUUUUACUCCUUCGGCUGGCGUGUUGGACUGUGUAACAAUCACUGGGUAGUUUGUAGUAUCCUUAAUGCCAGAUCUACUUCUGCUGUGCUCCCCCAAGUAUGGAAAGCUCCUACGCUACUUGCUUCGUCAAGUGGGCUGCUUUUGCUUUGUUCAACUAUUCGUCAAGGAUUGCAUGCAGCAGCAUGUUUGUA